UACGAUCCAGACCAGCCGCUGGAGGAAAGGCGCAAGGUCCAGCAGGGAUUCCGCGAUCUCCUCCGCAACAUCACAGAGCACAGCGAGGAAUAUCUGCAGGGCGAUUCUCACGGCCUACACGAAACGAUCCUGCGGGCGAACGAACUCUCCAAGCAAGUUCGGCAAACCACAGAGGCCACCAUCGACUCGCGGUUGCUUGUCAGCACCACCGACCUGUCAUAUCGGAAGACACUGCGACUCACCCAAGGCAGCCUCUCGCAAGGCAUUGACGUCGACGACUUCAUAUCGAAAUGCAUCGCGUACAUGCGCAACGGCGGCGGGGUCGCGAGCGAGGACUCUCUAGAGCUUUCGAGCACGCAAAGGCAACGGAGGCGGACGAUGCACGAUGGAGCAAACGACGACGACACUGGCGAUGUCGGAGACGAGGGCGACAUGAUGAACUGGGCCCAUCUCGGUCGCUUCGCCUGCCUGCCGAACAUCAGGCGACCCGCGCUGCCGGGCUUUCUUCUGGGCCCGUUGUCGGUGGAAAAGAAGGCACGCAAGGCGGCGAAGCGAAGCGCCCCGUUCCGCCCAAACAGCUUGACAGAGACGAGGCCCGAGAUCCUAAACGUGGAUGACCUGGCCAAGAAAGAAAACGACCUGACUGCCAUUUGCGGCAAGAUUCUCCAGCAGCUGUACAGGAUUCAGGCUGAAACCCAGCAGACUGUGGCAGACCUCAUCACUGAUGACAUGGAUGAUGAGGAGAAUACCCGAAUCAUGCACCAGCACGGGCUUCGCAGUACUGGGGGGAUUGACCUGAUGCGGUUCGUGGUCAACCCAAAGUCCUUUGGACAGACGAUUGAGAAUCUCUUUUACGUGAGCUUUCUCAUUCGGGAUGGGAGGGUCGAGAUUGCUUUUGACGAUCACGACCUCCCUUCGUUAGCGCCGGUAGAUCGAGAGGCAGAGGAUACGGGAGCUAUCCGGCAGGCGACAUCGAAGCAUCAAGCCAUUUUCUCCAUGGACAUGGAAACGUGGCAAGACAUCAUCGACACACUGGGUCUCAAAGAACCCAUGAUUGAACAUAGACGGGAACUGGCAGUUUCUGGACCCGGCGCCAGGGGCUGGUAC